CGUAGCUUAGUUGCUGGCUGCAUAGCGAGCCAGGCAGACACAAAACUCGGAGUUAAAGCAUUUGAAGUUGAAGUUAAAGCAUGUCUUCAACAAUGGUGUCAUCAACUGUUAUUUGUGUGUUGUUCUUGGUACUGUUCGACUCCGUUUUGUGUGCUUUUAAAGUACCAGACGCGAAGCUAGAAGCUAUAUACCCGAAAGGACUCAGAGUAUCCAUUCCAGACAAUGGCUUCUCACUCUUCGCUUUCCACGGCAAUCUAAACAAAGAAAUGGACGGCCUGGAAGCUGGCGUCUGGUCCCAGGACAUCACCAAGGUGAAGGACGGUCGGUGGACCUUCAGGGACAGGAACGCCGAGCUGAAGAUAGGGGACAAGGUCUACUUCUGGACGUACGUCAUCAAAGACGGCCUAGGAUACAGACAGGAUAAUAGAGAAUGGACUGUCACGGGUUACGUCGACGAGCAAGGAAAUCCUGUAGACGCUACCGGGUCACCUGCACCUAACUCUGGCCCGCAGAACCCAAAUUCUGGGUCCAUUCCUUCAUCUACAGCACCAACCUUGAGUGGGAAUCUGCCCUGUGAAGUCUCACUGUCCAAGGGCUCCGUGCCCGGCUUUGUGUGUAAGGUAAUCUGUACCCCCAGUGAAUGAAUCUCUGAAAAAUUAGCUAUUUUUUUUGUAUCUAAUCGGUAUGUUUCUACGACGUAGGUAUAGAAAAGAAAAUAAUUUUGUGCCAAAUGAUACAAGUAAGGCUUUGUGAACCAAUUUUGAGUUUUCUUUCGUGUAUAUUGAUACAUGUCUACUUUUAACAAAGUGUACCGGAGGUUUCUUUCACAAUUUUAUUGUGUCAAGAGGUAUGACUCGUGUUACUACUUUUUACACGAUUGAAGUUAUUCAGAUUGAAUUUGUGAUUAACAAUAUAAGAUGACGUGUAAAAUGUUAUAAGUUACUUAGAUCAAAAACAUUUGAAAAGCGCAACUAAUAAUUUGGUUAAUUAUUUGGUGUAAAAUGAUACAACUUAGCCCAAACGUCAGAUUAAAGGAAAAAAUAAUGUCGUUGUUAAUAGUUUUAAUAAAUAAUGGUGAACAUCUACUAGUAAAACAUAUAAUUGAAUUCAUAGUGCUUAACGUUAUCAAUAAAAGUACUUAAUAAGUGCAUUAUCGAAUUUACAAGAGCUCCAACUACCAGAAAUCUUUAUAAACAAAACUCAUCACCUUUGACAACAAAUUGAACUGGGCGAGUCAUGUCGAGAGCAAAAUAAAAAUGGCCUGGAUAGCAUUCCAUCAGUGCAAGAGACUCAUUGGUAGUAGAUGACGUCUCAACUCAAAGAUAACACUUUGGCUCUACACGUCGGUUAUAUGGCCCUCCAAAAUCAAAUCAAAACUCCAAAGCCUGUGUGGCGUUUAACCUCUUAAAAUUAAGUUAAUAUUAAUUUUUAAUAGUUUAUCUUAAAUUAAUAUCAUUGUAAAAAUAUUAUAAAUAUGUAUCUGUAUUAAACCUACUUAACGUAACUACACUGUGUAUAAUAAAUAGCAUACUUAUUUUUGUAUAACUUUUGUCAAUCUAGUUAAACGCACAAACACCGCGCGCAAUCCGUUUUACUAUUAGAUAUUUUUGUAAAUGCACGAUCAGCACGGCGCGAGCGGCGGCGGUCGGGCCAACCGGUUUCGUGAAUGAACGCCCCCCGCCGCAGCCGCCGCGUUCGCCUG